AUGGCCAAUCGAUGGUCGAAGCUCGGGAGCUACCACUCAAAUGAGACCUACUCUGAUCUGACGGUUGUCACGGAUGACAACGAGACCUUUCGACUUCACCGAAUUGUUGUGUCCACAAUCUCAGCCUACUUUGAGAAGGAGGCAAAUUCUCAGACCUUCCACCUUCCUGGAAUUGAUAGCAAUGUAUUCCGCCAAGUCAUUGAGUUUAUUUACUCUGGCACUUACACCGAAUACAUAUCUACGGAUCUUCACCCGCAUCCCCAAGCCCUCGAACGUGUGACGCCCGAAGAUUUUGAGCUCCAACUGAUGACUCUGGGAGACUUUCUUGGUGCGGCUGGAAGAGUCCGCAAUGUGGUAGCUGGCUCGCAGACUACGCACGGCCCAGAACACGAAUUCUGCCACAACAUGGCCCAUUGGGCAUGGGACAUCGAGUUCCCGAGCGCCGCAUUCGCCAGUCCUUAUAGAGACAGAAUAGGCAAGUAUAAAAUCACAGAUUUCCUCAGUCAUCUCGAACAGUCUGCAGUCCUCUAUACGACGGCCGAGAGGCUGUUGAUGCCCGAACUCAAAAUACUCACCCUGCGGAGGUUUGGCUUCUUUGCCGCUGUGCUUGAACAAUAUAGUAAAGCUCUUAGCUCGCUCGAGGUCACCCAUCUCAGCAACAUCGCAAGGCAUAUCUACUCCGGCACCACAAGUACUGAUCUGGCGAUCAAGGAGCCGCUGUGCCGCAUUAUCCAUCAUUUUAAGCAGAUCAAUUUGCAGACUUCACUCUACCCAAUCGACUCCAUUGCACGGAAAUAUCCAGACUUUUCUCGGGGCCUGCUGAGCUACCAAUCGAUACAACUACGUUACCCCGGGAACGUGCUAGCUGACGACGGCCCGGACGAAUUUGAAAGAGCCUGGAAGUGUGACGAGUGUGACGAAAAGUUUGCUCCAAACCAGCAGCCAGCUGUGGAAACCAAGCAAGCCUCGCAGCAUAGAGUGGAUGCGGCAGGAAAGGGACUUCUUCCUUUGGGAAAGCCAUAA